UAUGUAGAAGAAUCCCUCCCACGGCCAGUCCGUGGCCGCGCCUUUGCAUAGAGCAUAGAGUACGAUUUGUAUAUAUUUAGGUGUCUCACUGAUUCGGGAAGUCAAGCGAGAAGACGCAGAAUCGCCCACUGUUCUUUCUUCUUCUUCUUGUCUCUAAUGGCCGCUUCAUUUGCUUCUCCGGCUCAGGGCUUGCUUCAUCGCCAGCAUCUGCCGAUCGCAUUUACCACUUCCAACUUCAAUCGCACUCAACUUCAAUUUCAUGGGGCGACUCCUGCGAAAUCACAACCCCUCUCUUUUUCCUCCCAAUUAAAGCUUUCUAAUGAUGCCUCUCCGAGGAACGAUCACCGUUCCUCCUUUGCGCAGACGGCUGCCGUCCGCCAUAUCGUCGGUUCUCUUUCCAAAGCCGAGGGCCUCCGCUUUGCUGUGGUUGUGGGGCGGUUCAACGAAAUUGUGACAAGGCCAAUGCUGGAGGGAGCUUUGUCUACAUUCAAAAGUUAUUCAGUUCAAGACGAGGAUAUUGAUGUUGUAUGGGUUCCUGGGAGCUUUGAUAUUCCUGUAGUCGCUGAAAGGCUUGGGAACUCUGGAAAGUACCAUGCUAUUUUAUGCAUUGGAGCUGUGAUUAAAGGUGAUACAUCUCAUUAUGAUGCCGUCGUGAACUCUACUGCAUCUGGAGUGCUUUCUGCCGGGCUAAAGUCAGGAGUUCCGUGCGUAUUUAGUGUCUUGACUUGUGACAACUUAGAUCAGGCUUUCAAUCGAGCUGGUGGUAAAUCUGGAAAUAAGGGUUCUGAGGGUGCUUUGACAGCUAUGGAGCUGGCGUCGAUGUUCGAGCACGACCUGAAGUAGUCGAGGAAUAAAGAUGUAACAGUUUCCAUUAUCUUUUGUGUUGUAGUUUCUUGCGGUCUUGUGGUUUCUCUGCUGUCUUUUGGUAACGAUAGAAUGCUUAAUUAAAUCGCAAAAAGCCACACGAUAUCUCAAACUGAAGUCAGGUAAUAACUGGAUGGAGGGUGGGUCUGCUUUCCUGAAGAAGGUUAGAGGCUACUGGUCCAGAGGAAAGAGUAGGUUUUCAUGAUUUGAAUUCUCAAAAAUUUCAUCUUUCAAGUGGUUUAUGAUUUGUGAUGCGCAAUCAACAAGGAUUAUAUGGAAGAGUUCUUGUCUUGUUAUUUAUUACCAAAUUCCCAACUUUCAGUUUCCCUUUUUAGUUAUUGAAAUUGAUGGAAUUACGACUCUUCUUGGUA